AAACAUUAAUAACAAGAUAAGGGAGACAUUAAAUGCCCAUAAGCUAAGAAAAGUAGCUUAUUCAAAUCAAAUGACAGAGAUGUAUGGAGGGCUGUAGGAAGGGCCAUUAGAACAUAGUUCAAGGUAGCUCAAGGGAGCAUUCAAAGUGAGUGGUAUAGGUAGCACUCUCCUCUUCUGCCUUCUCCUAUAUAAAAAAUAUAGUAUGUUUCCUUAAUCUUUCCUUUGGCUAUAUAUGAAGUAUGGCUCCAAGGCGUAGAAUGUUAUAGAUUGGUUUUUAUCUUGCAGCAGCAUCAUUUGCACCAUUUUGUGAUUCUGAUCAAGGACAAUGAUGGCAAAAUAGAAAUUGAAGGAAGAGAGGAUAUUAAGUGGGUCCUUUACUGCAUGAGCUUCCAUGCUCUUUGUACUUCAAUACCUCAUAAAAUCAAGAAGGCCCUAUUAUCCUCCCAUUAGCCCGAAAACUCAAUGUCAUUACCACAUUUGAUAUUAAUACUUUCCAUUUGCAUUGCCAUCCUCAGCCCAUUGAAAAAAAUAAUCUUUUCUCUUCGUUUCUCUCUGUUUUCUGCUUGUCUGAUACAGAUGGGUUCUUCCGUGGUUUUGCAGUAGCUCUCCAUAUUUUCAAACUGGAGGAAGAAAGAGCAGGAAUUUGUAAAGUUGUCAAUUCGUGAGACAGGCUAAGUUUGCAUUCUGAUAUCUUUAUUGCCCAGAACAAGAAAAAAAAAACUGCAAUAAAACAAACAGCCAUUCUCAUAACUCUCAGAAGCAGAACCAGUCUGAUUUAUGUGUAAUGGUGGUUUUGUUUUUUCAUUCUGUGGGUGCCUGUAAAAAAUUUGUGGGUGCCUCUGAAAACUUUUUGGGUGCCUAUAAAAUCUUUUUGUAUGCCGUUUUUGCAUGUUUUGUGGUUAUUUGGCGAUUGGGCAUUUAUAAUUUGGAAGGUGGCAAUUGACAUCAUCUUUGAAAAAAUAUAAAACAUAACAAGUCUGGUUUAUUGGUCACAGUAGUUUUAUCGUUUUUCUUUCUUGUGGUGCCUCUAAAGUUUAUUUGGCUACCUCCAAAACUUUGUAUGUGUCUUAAAAAUUUCUGUGGGGGCCUGCAAAAUCCCGUGACACUGUGUUGGAAUGGCAAGUGGCAUUUUGAGUAUUGCAUCAUGCUAUAAGUCCUUGAUGCCUUAAUUUACUCUACAUAUAACCUUUCACUAACACGAUCACUAGUGUUCUGGAUUCUACCUCUCAUAGUCGUAUCAGCAGUAGUUUCUCUUUUUGGCUAAAUCAUAAUAGGGACAUGCCUACCGAACCUUUGUGUGUGUUUGUAAAUGUUAGCGCGUAUUGGUCUUAUGUUAUUAUUAUUGGGUGGUUUUGAUUUCAUUAGGUGGCAAUUGAUAGCAGGUUUGGGAAUGCGAAAAAAUGGAGAAGAAAGCGAUUGGAAGGGGUUGAUUGAUUCUGAAACCUUUGUGGGAGUUGUGUUGUGUAGUUUUUCAGCUUUUGAAGUAUUGGGUGAUUGGUUGUUUUUAUUUUCCCAAAGGAGGCAAUUGACAGGUCUCGGAAAACAAACAGGAGGCCAAAAACAUUGCCGAUUGAUGCAUUGGUGUGGUGGAUCAGGGGUGGUCAUUGAUCUAUGGCCAAUCUGGAGCUUGCUGUGCAGAACUGCCAAGGGCAAUUGAUCCCUGUAGAAAAGGGAACAACAAAAAAGGCCGCAGUUUCGGCCAUGAAAGAUAAUAACAACAUCAGUAGUAAUAUGGAGGAUUCUCGAAGAGAUGAGUGGAGUACAGAUGCAAUUAAUAACUUAUUAGAUGUGUAUGAAACCAAAUGGAACCACAGAAACAGGGGAAAUCUGAAAGGAGGGGACUGGGAAGAUGUAGCAACGAGGGUAAGUGCUAGAGGGGGCGGUGGCAAGUCUGCAAAAUCUCCAUUUCAGUGCAAGAAUAAGGUUGCUAGUAUGAAACAGAAGUACAGAUCCGAGACCCUGUUGCAGGGGAUCAAUGGAUCCAAUACCUCAAGGUGGCCCUUUUUUGGUCGUAUGGAUGUCAUGUUAAGGGUGAGGUCUCCUAAUCCUCAACCUAUUCAGACGGUUGUCCCGGACUUGAGGCAACAGGGUGGACUGCAGAGUGGGGAUUCUGAGCAAGAAGUUUUCAGAAUUGGUGGUAGCGGUGGUGGUGGCACGGUUGGAGCAGGCGGUGGCAAUGAUGGUGUUCUUCUCUCCAAUGGAGUAGAACAUCAUAGAGUAAGAAUUGGUGGAGGUGGUGGUGGCAAUGGCGGUGGUUUACUCUCCAAUGGGGAAGAACAUAGAAUGAGAAUUGGUGGAGGUGGUGCUCCUCUCUUCAAUGAAGAAGAACAACAAAGGACGAGGUUUGGUGGUGCUCCCUGCAAUGGAGAACAACAUCAACACAGGACAGAGUCUCAUAGCAAAAAUAAUGAUGGUAAUAAUAACAAUAAUGAACAUCACCAUGAUAAUAAUAGUGAAGAUAAUGGCGAAGGGGAAGAAGGCAACGGCAAUGGGGAUGCUGACAAUCAGAAUGAUGAUGCAUCCAAUACCUUGCCCCACAGAAAACCCCUUGGGGAGAGUGACGAUACUAGCACACCCAGAAGCAAAUCAGCUCAUUUGCAGGCCACUGUUGUUGGUGGUGGUAUCAACAAAUCUAUUAUUAAGUAUAAGAAAUAUCUGAGCAAGGAGGUGGCUGCAAGCAUAAGGUCUUUUGCGGACUCUAUAAUGAAGCUCGAGAGGGCUAAAAUGGAGAUGUUAAAGGACUCUGAAAGAAUCAGGGCAGAGAUGGAGGCCAGGAGAGUGGAUAUGGAAUUGAAGAGAACUGAGAUCAUUAUGAAUACCCAGUUGGAAAUUGCUAAGCUUUUGUCUGGAAAGACGAAGAAAAAGAAGCUGAAGAAAAAAUCAGGUGGUACUAUUGCUGUUACUGGAACUAGUACUACUAGCGCUAGUACUGAUAUUGCUGCUAUUGCCACACAGCACGAAGUCUCUGCAGGCCCUUCUGCUGCUGCUGCUGGUAUUUCAUCUUCUCCAAGCAGAAACGGUGUCUCUGUGAGUGUGACUGCUGCUGCAUUAAAUUGUGUUCCAUGUCAGGGCCUUGCUGAUUUUGUUUCUAAUGGAAGUCACCAACAUAGUGGCAAUGCUGUUCAGCAGUCUUCAAUGCUUAUACCUCCUCCUCCUCCUGUAGCUGCAACGCCGGGAACUUCUCAUCCCAGGCCUCUUCAUCAUCAUUUUCUUCCAACUACUGUUCCAGUCUCUGUGGUCCAGCCCAUUCCUUCUUUGCAGUUCAUGACUUCACCAGCUUCUCAGACCAAGCCUGAUUAAACGAGGUGUGGGGAACCCCGAAAUAUGAACCAGUAAAGGCAUUUAAAAAGGUCCUCAGGAUUUUAUGCUAAGAAGUGAUCAUGUUGUGGCUUGAUCCAAAUGUCACAGUUCUGUUCUCUCUGGAAUUUGACCUUUGGUACAAGCAGAUAAUGUAUGUUUGGUGAUAUUUGUGUAAUGAAACUGGUGGUGCUAAGAAGCAUCAUUGGGACCUGUUAUGGUGUAAGGGAGGAGCGAUCAACUUCUUUGCUUGUAGUAGUCAGGCUUUUGGAUUUAUUAAAAAAGGUGAAAUAUAGAAUAAAAUAGACACAUUGGAUUCUAAUGUAGACAAAAUAAUGGUAGAAUAUAUGCAAGUGUUAGUGAAUUUGUUGCCCUAAUUAUUGAUUAGAUGCUAUUCCAUAUUUCAGUCUAUGUGGUAGAUAAAAAAUAGAGUAGGAUGAUUCCUUUAAAUAUACAACUUUAGAUACAGAAGUCAACUACUUUAUAUCAUAAGCAUAUGUGCAAAUUGGUUGGUUCUAGAAGGUUCCCUAAGUUCUACAACAAACCUAUCAUUCUAGUAUUUCAUACACACCUUAAUGAAUUAUUCUAUUUUUUAUAAGGUAACAACUGUCGAUAGAAAGUGACAUAACCUUUCACUUUGCUCAAGCACACAUUACAUCUAAGUUUUCCCCUGGAAUAAUUGCCUCUUGUUUGUGCUUUCUGCAAAGUCGAGCUCUACUCCAAUGAUGCAUCAGUUUAGACUCAUUUCGAGUUUUUGAAUGAUUAAGCUAUAAUUAACUCCAAACAAGAUAACACGUCAAUGAUGUAUGCCUCUUUUAUCACAUUCAAUUGUAUUGUAGAUUGACCUGGAUCUUUCAUGGCUUUCAACACUGCAUCAACAUUAGAUUUAUGUUCCAUCUUACAUUCUGACUGCCCCUUUAACAGAUUGACUGUAGCCAGUUUUAGUAUUCUCUCAUCCUUUAUGCGAUCAACUAGAGCCUUUUUCUGAAGUUCCAAAUCUUGCUCAGCUCUCACUUGAGCUCCUGCAUCCACCCAUACUCCUCAUCCAUCGACUUUCCUAGUUUUAGAUCAUCCACUAGUGCUACAAAGCACUCACGCACAUUUUCAUUGACUAAUAAUCAGCCAUUUCUUCAUUCUGAUUUUGCAUGAUAGAUUUAGAUGGAUAAUUUUGCCUUUCCCAAAGGACUUCUUUGUCAAGAAGAUCUAGGAGUGCCCUGUUUAAACUUUAUCCUUAGGUCAUAACUAAUCCUUAGGAGCAUAAUUAAAUUGGAAGAGUGGUGAACCAAAAUCAAAGAAAGCAGAGCAUUUUUUGGCCCCCAAGCAUCACACAUCUUCUCCCAACGCAAUCUUUAUCAUCAGCUAUAGAAAAACUCCAUUGAAAGGAGAGAGAAAAAUCCAUAUAUUCUUUGCUAAAUAGCUAGAAAAAUGAGAGAUUAUUCUCGAUGAAAUACACCAUAUAGGGUGGCAUGGGCCAUUCUUUCUUUUAUAGCUUCGUUGAUUUUGCUAAGAAUGAUAUAAACCCAAUGAAGAUAAUAGAGGAAGCUUGCCAAUGGCCGCUCAUCCUAGAUAAUCAAAAUGCCCACUUCAAACUAGAGCAAAGGAAAUAAAGAAAACACCAUAUACGGAGCUCACAAUUAAGUUAUUAAAUCUACAGUCUCCACACGCAACCAUUCUAUCUUCAAUAUCAAGAGUAGUAACAUACAGAGAUUUUUCUCAAGACUAGGUAGAGGAAAAGGUGUCUGAAAAAAAAUCACCCAACACAAAAUAUCUCAAGGUGGUUCCUCCCUUUUAGCCGUCAACUAUUCUUGCCAAAAUAGACAUGCAUUCAUAGUUAGCCGAACUAAAAAAUUCACAAUCGAUGUCAUUUACCAGCACUGGUGAAUGUGGUCUUUGGUGGCCUGAUGUUCCUUUGGAAGAGAUUUCGGGCUUCAUCUUCUCCCAUUGCUCAAAAAGUUUGCCAUUUCGUCGACAGUAUUUGGAGCAUCCCCACAAGGUAUGGUUUCCAUAAGCAUUCUCCCAUUGCCUUGAAUCUUUAAAAUUAAAAAAAAAUUAAAAAGUUUUUAAGGUCGUUCAUAAAUGUACCUUUGAAGACAACAUGUUUAGAAUAAUGGUUUUUAAUCAAGCCAUACCUGAUUUUUGCAAAAUAAUAAAAAAUAAUCCUUCUUUCCCCUAAUCUUCCAACACCUUUUCCUUCAUUUUUCAUCUAUCACUCAUAAAGUCGCCACUUUCUUCAUUGAGUUAAUGAAGGGCGUUAAGAAAUAUAAUUUAGGCUCAAGGAAAGUAAAUUAAGAAGAAGCCUUAAACAUAAAGGAAUCUUCGUUGAUAAGCUAACUUCGAAAGCUAGGGAAAGUCAAUAGCAAGACUUCUUGUUACUGCUUUUAAUGAUUAGAAUUAAAAAGGUAGUACCUUAUACAAUAUAGGGUGGGCUAAGGAAUCUAAAAGGGUGGCUAAAGAUAGGGAAGCUUGUCUAGCGUAGAUGUAUGACUUCUAGCUUUAUUUGUUCAUUAAUAGCGAUAGCAGGAAGUCUAUUGGUUAUAGGCGCCUAAUCAUUUCUUCAGCCACCACCAAAGUAUUACUGGAUUUGAUCAAAAUAAUAUGGUAUGAGCUAUUACAUUUUAUUUUGAAAUAUUAUGGAAUGCUUUUGAAUGUGCUCAAAUAAUUCUAAUGAGAGAUGUUACAAGCUCAGAUUUUACGCUAAUACAGAAAAAUUCGGAAUAAUUUGGAGUGUUGAAUAUAUGUAUAUAUAUAGAGAAAGAGAGAAUGAAAGAUUACAUCAAUACUCAACAUCAACAUGCAUGCGACAUGUUGGAUUAUCUAGGUGACAUAAGGAGGCAAUAUCAUCAAGGACAAAAGGAUAAGAGUCAAUAAAGCAUGAAAGCAACUCAUAAUUCAUGAUGUAAGUCUAAAAUCAGUCAUGCUCUUAUGAUUGCUCUUCCUAAUAUGCAGAAGCCUUUUAAUUUAGAGAUCGAUGCUAGUGGGUGUGCUAGAGGUGGUCAUCUUGCUUCAAGGUGGUAAAUCUGUUUGCUAGAGGUGGUCAUCUUGCUUCAAGGUGGUAAAUCUGUUUGAUACCAUUUAGAGGCUUUUACUUAAACAAUUAGAGGAUAUAUCGUGUAUGAUAAAUAAAAUUGUAUGCAUAGUUCAAGCCACUAAAACAUGGAGGCACUAUUUGUAUCCCAAAGAAACUAUAGUGCACAUUGAUCAUUAUCCUCUACAAUAUCUACAGGGACAAAAUAAAUUAUAAGAAGCAAGGCACUACAAAUAAAUUGGAGUCUUGCAACAAUUUGAUUUGGUGAUCAAAUUAAAAAUGGUACUAAUUUGGUGGUGAAUAUGCUAUCUAGGUCGCCUAUUUUCAAAUUAUUUUCAGCUAUGGCUAUGGUGACAGAAAUAGAGCCUUUUACAAAAGACGCAGGUGGGAUGACUAUGUAAAUGAUAAAAGACUUUGUGAGGAAGUUUAAAGAACUUAAGACUCGAGGACUUGUAAAAGCAAUUAAGACUUGUUGUCUCGAAGAGCAUUUGCUUUACAAGGCAGGAAAACUAUGUGGCAAAGGCAUAAUGACUCUUUCUAAGAUAUGACCUUUCUCUAUUUUGGAGGCCAUAGGUGAAAAUGUUUUCAAACUUGGUCUACCCCUUUCAAGAAGAUGCACUUUAUUGUAAAUUGUGAUUACUCAUAACAUUAGGACCUCUCUAUGUUGGGUGAAGAACAAUAGUUGCUACUCUUUUAGAAGACUUGGGUGUGGAAGGUAGAGCCGCACUCAAAGAGGAUGUAGUUUUAGAAAAGAAAAAAAGAGAAACUAGGAAGUCUCAGAGUCACGGAAAAUAUGAUUCCAGAUUAGAAGAUUAGACUAGUAAAAUGGUAUUCUAAAGAAAGGGUGGAAGAACUCUUCCCCGACUUAGUGACCCAUUAAGCUUUUGUGGGACCAGAUGUCUCCGAAGAAGGUAGUAUAGUCCUUAAGGAUCAUAUAAUUAAAAUUUAAAUAAUAAGAUGGAUCUAGAAAUGAACAUAAGUGAGAAAAAGGAGGAGGUACGUUUCUGUGGGUUUGGUUCAGUUUCGUGUCUGCAGAGUCCUCAUCUGUGUAGGUUCAGAUUUGCGUCUGAGGGAUUGAUCCUGCACUAGUGGAAGUGACCCUUGACUAUGCAAAUUUAGAAUUCAAAAUGAAAUGACUUCCUUUGCACUUCUAUAUAGGUCUGGAGGAAAGCUUGAGCGAUUCAACAAAGUAUAAGUGGAAGUGUUUGGUAUGAGAGGAUGGUGUUGAGUAUUGUUGAAGCAAGUUCAGCUGUUUGCGAGUUAUAAUUUCUAGGAGAUAGACAAGAGACCUAAGGGCAGCCAUUGUUGUAUUUACUUUUACUAAUCCUUCCAAAUUAAUUCAAUUUGGCAGUAGGGUGUUUGAAAAAUUGUUUUCUCCUUGCACGGUUUUCUAGAUAAAUUCUUGGAGUUGUGUGAGUGUUUAUAUUUAUGUUUUCUAAGCUUUAAAAAAAAUGUUUACCCACAAUAUUAAUACCUCUUUAAUAACCUUAUUUGUUUAAGCAAGGAGAAAAGUAGAAAUUAAUUGUUUUUCUUGAAUUCUUCAAGUUUUAAUAUUUUAUGGGUCAAUAUAAUACAUGGUACAAAUUUUAUAUACAAAUGACAAGAUAUGAUUCAUAUGAAUUGUCCAAAUUCAUAUUUUUACAUAUAGAUGUAUGUGUUUAAAGUGCAAUUUUUUGUGGCAUGCUCUAUUGGAAGGGAAAUGCAUUUUGAAACAAUUCACUUUAGCAUUGUUCAAAUACACUGGAAAACUAAGGCGAGCUUAAGCUUGUGAAUAGCAUUUUCCAAUUUUUGUACAUCCUAUGUCUCAUCUUACUAUUGGUUUUUGUAUAUUACUUUGUACUACAAACUAAGACUUUUACAACUUCUAGUCACUCAGUCGAACAAAUUUGUACUAAUAUUAACUAGUCCUACCACAACUAUUGGACCAUUGGUCCAUGCUCAACAACCGGGCCCUUUUCUCUUAAUAGCAUUGAACUGUCACAAUGUGUAAUGAUGACAAUGAUGACAACAAUGAUAGAAAUAGGAAAUUAGUAUCACACAAUAUUUUGAAAAUGCAAAUAUCUUGAAACAAUAUCAAAAGCCUCCUUAAAAGUCUACAAAGCAGGAAAAUAAUUUAUAAUUCUAUUUAUGAGGCUACUAGAUAGUAGUCUGAAGUGAAGGAUGCAGAAAGAAAUACAUUGUGUCGAUCGCUUCUAUCCAUUUCCCAAAUAUACCAGAAUUUGUGACUAGCAAUUUUUUGAAGAAACCAAAAAAAUCUCUUUGCUUAGGGACUAGACUAGAGGUGUCAAUUCAUUCUCACAGGUUUGCAGAUGUUUCACUGUUAAUGUGAUGCAAAUUUUCCUCUGGAUGUGCUCUAUAAACAUUGUUUAUAUUCUAUUGCAAUGUAAACUCACAAGGCCAGUUGCACAAGUGAGAUAUUAAGUCUUCGUUUUUUAAUUUCUGCAGAAUAGAUUGGGGUCUAGCGAUUUCCCAUGUAAAAUAUGUUAAAUGAAUCACGAUAGGAAUGUGAUUCUCAAAAGAUUGAAGUGUUGGGUAAAUUGAAGAUAGUAUGUGUUGUAUUUUGCUGAAAAUUGAAUAUGAAUUGUGUUGUUAUUGCAGGAUGUUUGUUACUUGAUAGCAAAACAACAAAGUUGUAUCUACACCAUCGGGCGUUUGAAUU